CCUUGGCCAAUGGGCGACGCCGUCGCUUAUCCGCCGCUUAUCUGCCUUGCGUCUGUCGGCGCUCGUCAGACAGUCGGGGUCUCAGGCUGACGUUGCUUGGCCUUCUGUUCCCCCGUGUUCGUGUUCCGGCUCCCGCCGUCCACUUCUGAGCGCCUGACACUCAACCAACCCCGGCCCCGACCCCAGCCCAACCCGCCGGCCGCAGCGCCCUCCCUCCGGCGCCAUGUCGCAGAGCGGGACUCCCGGACUGCAGGAGGAGAGCCUGCAGGGCUCCUGGGUGGAGCUGCACUUUAGCAGCAACGGGAACGGCAGCAGCGUGCCGGCCUCCGUCUCUAUUUAUAAUGGGGACAUGGAGAAAAUCCUGCUGGACGCCCAGCAUGAGUCUGGACGGAGCAGCUCCAAGAGUUCUCACUGUGACAGCCCGCCUCGCUCACAGACCCCACAGGACACGAACCGAGCAUCUGAGACAGACAGCCAUAGCAUUGGAGAAAAGAACAGCUCUCAGUCUGAAGAAGAUUACAUUGAGAGAAGGAAAGAAGUUGAAAGCAUCCUGAAGAAAAAUUCAGACUGGAUAUGGGACUGGUCAAGCCGGCCGGAAAACAUCCCCCCUAAGGAGUUCCUGUUCAGGCACCCGAAGCGCACGGCCACCCUCAGCAUGAGGAACACAAGUGUCAUGAAGAAGGGGGGUGUCUUUUCAGCUGAGUUUCUCAAAGUCUUCCUUCCGUCUCUGCUGCUCUCACACCUGUUGGCCAUUGGGUUGGGGAUCUACAUCGGGCGGCGUCUGACCACCUCCACCAGCACCUUCUGAGGAGGAAUUGGAAUCGGCUUUUCACAAGGGAGCGGGAUUCAUACCAGAGCUUGCGACAUGGCUCACUGAGGCGCGGUCCUGGCCUUGGUGGCUGGCCACUGUGUUGAUUUGUUCUGUAAAUGCUGGGUGCCUGAUUUAGUGAGACGAAGAAUAGACACUGGAAACGACGCUAACCUAGAACCAGCCCUACCUGUGGGAUCAAUCAAUGAGCAUGUCACACUAAUACUACUGGAAUAAUGUGGUGGUAACUUUUCUUUGACAUUAUAAAUAUGAGUAUAAAUAAUUUUACCAUGCUAGUCAUGAUGUAUGUAUUUUAACUAUCUGUAACCUUAAUUCAGUUAAAACCUCUCCCUAUUUUGAAUGAAUGAAUAAUGUUAUUAAAGUGACUCCAUAAAUGGUUUGUCCCAAAUAAACAUGUGGCCUUACAUUCACACUGCUGUAGGGCACCCUGUAUGUGGAUGCAGGUGUCUGUGAAGACCACGCUUCACUGUUAGCUGUUCUGAUUUGUGUGUGAUAGGGCCCAGGGCACAGGCCAGGCCCUGUGCAGUGCAGACACUGGCCUGCGUGCUGGGGCAGGGCGGUGACUGUAGUGACCACAUAGAUGAUGCACCUAGGACACCUGCUAAAGCACCUUCCUUGUCCCCACUCGGGAUUGCUGCAUUUAGGCUCAUUUGUGUUCAUUUUUUUGCGUGCUCUGAGAUUUAGCUUCAUUCUAAGUAAAUCAGUGUCUACUUUAGAAGACUGGAAAUAGAAAACAAUAAACUUUUGCCAAAUCCUUCAGA